AUGGAAAACAAAGAUGAACUAAGGAAAAUUCGACAACUGUCGAUCGCCGAAGUUCAAGCAUAUCAAUCCAAAAAGAGUAAGAAUGAUCGCGAAGAGAAGCGUUUAGGAGAGAAGUCUUCCCUCCAGGCUAUGAUGAAAAUUGAAGGUGACGAGCGAAAUAGGUUUGAACAAAUUAAAAAGCAGGCCACAGCGACAGCUAUGCAAGAAUUGGUGGCACUUCAAAAUGAGAAAAGAAAUCAUUCAAUUAAUAAAUCUGUUGAAAUUGAGGCGGCGCGAGCUUUUGCUCGAGAUUAUCACCAAAAUUACCCAACUUCGAAAGCGAAUGAAUUAUCUAAGGUCAACCGAAUAUUCCAAAGUGAAACAAAUUUCGAUUUUCCAAUUCGAAAUAAUGAUAAAAUCACAAUUUCAUUUACUCCUCGUGUCUUUCCGACUCCAGAAAGGGAAUCAACUAAAGAAGAUGAAGAAAAGUGGCUGCUAAAGCAAGCAGAACAUCGACGAAUUUUGGCUUCAAAAAUAACUGAAAACGGUGAUCUUUCGUCAGCUGAAAUGGACCCCACUUGGUUGCAAAAGAAAGCGAUCUCCCUGUUCAAAGCCGGAGAUUAUGAAGCCGCUGCUUUUGCUUUAUCGGAAGCCGUAAAGUUGGCACCGAAAAUGCAUUCGCUUUACCUUAAUCGCUCUGCUUGUCACAUCCAAACGCGAAAUUUCUUCAGGGCAUUGGAAGAUGCUUCUACUGCCUUGGAUUUGCUUACUCCACCAGUUCCACAAAAUUUGAAUUCACGCGUCAAGGCCCACGUCCGUCGGGGUGUUGCCUUUUGCAAUUUGCAAAUGCUUAAAGAAGGGUUGUCAGAAUACGAGGCUGCAGCGAAAUUGAAUCCCAAUGAUUCGUCUAUACAGGAAGAUCUUGCUCGAUUGAAAGAAUUGACGAAGAAACGAGUAACAUCCUCGGGUAGCAAUGAUUCGUAA